AUGAUAUCAGAGGGGUUACUAGAGGUAUUCGUACCAGCUGUUGAUGUAUCUGAAUUUGUAGUAGACCAGCAAAAUAAUGUUGAUACCAAGUCAACAGAGGAUAAGAUAAUAGAUGAUUGUUUGCUUAAGCAAACACUGAUGCUAGAAUUUGAGCAGUAUAAGCCUGAUAGCAAAACAAAUAAUACAGUAUCAGAGUUUUCAGAAAAUUCUAAUAACAGUCCAUUAUCUAAAUCAUGUAAUGCUUCUUCUAGCUUCGAAUGUGAUGAGAGGAUGGGGAAAAUUCCCUAUAAUCUGAAAGUAGAACAAGACUUGAGAGACAAGUUAUCUACUUACAUGAAAG